AUGCAGGGGAUAAAGGACGUGAGGUGGCUUUCCCGAGGCAAUGCGAUCCAGCGACUCGUCGCGGUGUUCCCUGCUGUUGUGAUCGUCCUGCAGGAAUUCGACAAGAAGAUGUAUAAGACCAUUGACGCCACCCAUGUGCUGCAGACGGUACACAACACCACACUGCUGCUGCGGACUCGUUACCUCGACAGCAAGGACGAGACGUUCGGGCAAGGCGGCGCGGCGCUGGGGCCAUUCUUGGCGAAACAUGCUUCGGAGGAGUGCCGGGAGGUGAAGGUCGAUGCCCCAGAUUCCACCGGAGCGCCGACAACUCACUGCUACCUGCUGCACGAAGAGGCUAUCGUGGGGCAGAAGAGCAAAGGCGACCUCAGCGCCUGCUUGAAGCUUGGGCGGGAGUUCGUGGUUGAGCUGAUUAAGCAGCUCGACUACCGACUGGAGGAUCUCGCGUCGCUCAAUGGGGCGAAGCUGUUCAAGAAGUCCCAGUACCCGAAGUCCGCGGCAAAGCGCGAGCGGCGGUUGGCGCAGUGGCUGCAGUCUCUGCGCGACAUGUACAAGAAGCAUCCCGACGAUCCUGACACUCUGCCAAGUGUGUAA